CACCCCUAGCCAACCCUGCUAUAGCGCAUAGCAUAAGUAUUUGCCGUCCACAAUGAAUGUGUCCCAUUGGCCCCAUUGAUGGUUAUUGGAAUAGUGCGUUUCGAGUACUGCAUGUCAAAAUAAAAUAGUACAUCCAAUCACUAAUAUAUAGUUUUGGUGAAUUCUUAAUAUUCGAAUUCCAGGUGAUACCUGGUGCAAUUGACAUUAUGAAUCGUCCCAGAAAUGGAGAAGCUAGUGAUCAAAUAAAAAUGGUAUACAGCAAGACUGAGACUGCAGGAACAGCAGCAACAGCAGCAGCACCGUAUGGGUAUGAGAGUGCAUAUCCAACGUAUACAAUAGCUUCUAGUGGACAAACGGUAACGCAGCCACUGCCUGGGCAGCCACCAUUGCCACCGAUGCCACCGCCAGGAACAUUGCCACCACUACCAAUGUUCUCGGCAAUGACACAGGUUCCUCAACUUCAGACGUGGCCACCUACUGGCCCUUGGCAGUGGAUAACGCCCCAGGCUGCAGCCGCUGCUGCUGGUAUACCAGCACAGCCUAUGCGGGACAUCAACAAUAUGAGCAACUCGUUGAAGACAAAUCGAACCGGAAAUUAUGUUCGUAGGGAUAGAUUUAAUCAUCAUCACAGUAGAAAUAAUGUUUAUGCACAGAGAGGCAAUUUUAAUCGUAAUAAAAAUAGAAGAAGAUUCGAGCAGCAUCAACAACAGUCAGGACAAUUUGAUCCUGCUACUGCCACCACUCCUUAUUGGCAGGGGAUUGACUGGCAGAGGGGGAAUUUCACUGGUGCACACAGUGAUGGGCUUGUAGGUCAACAUAUGAACCACCCAAUGUCAACGCAAAUAAAUAAUGUCGCUGGGAGUAGUAAAUCCGAUAAAUCUGAUGCUGUUGGAGAUCAUGAGGAUAAAAUAAUAUCGGAAGUACCUGCGAAAAAAAUCAAACCGAGAAAGCCAAUGUCUCAAAGUUAUCCAAUAAGAAAUUGGAAUUUAGAGGAUGCAAUAACUGCAUUGAAAGUGGAGAAUGAAUACAAUCGGACUGUUCGUGCCCAAAGUUUAAUAAUAAAGUUUCCUGAUCCAGAUUUAAAUAAGGAUAUUGUCAGAGAGUUUCACGCUGGCAUUCAAAAUAUACACUUCCAGAGUCCCAGUGGUCCACGGUAUUGCUUCAUUCAAAUGUCUGAAGACAUUGAUAUUGACAAGGCCAUUGAGGAUUUGGAAAAGAUACCAUUUGGUAUUGGAAAUUUGAAAGUCGAGAGAAAAUCAUUGAGGGAUGAGGAUUAUCCACAACCAGAGGAAAUAGAUCCUUAUACACUGUACGUUGGUAAUUUACCAGAGUCCGUCAAUGUAAACGAGGUAAAGAAUAAAUUUCCUACAGCAACGAGAGUUGAUGUUGGAUACGCUCAAAAAAUGAGAAAUACUCGCUAUGCAUUUAUUCGGUACGCAAAUGUCGAAGACUCGAUAGCGGCGUACAAAAAGGCGCAUGAUCUUAUGUGGGAUACAAGAAGUAUUAUCGUCAGAUUUAGGAGACAACGGGGUAAUACGUGUCUACCUGGUGAAACGAAGAGUAACUCAAAGAAAGUCAAAGAUGAACUCGAAGAGGGUGGAGUUCAGAAGGAAAGGAUCUCGUGUAAUACCACCGAGAGUAGCAUGAAGGCCGAUAUCGCGAGUAAAGAAAAUAAUUCGAUCCAGCGUGAUAAAAAUUCGGUUGCACCAACUGCCAUAAUUCAACAACAGAAUCAACCGUGGACGUCAAAAUCACCACCACAGGCCGCCGAGGCUGCCGAGUCUCCAACGUCUCAGGAUCCUACUCGUCAUCCUUCCACAGACGAACAAAUUGGAUUAAUGACAGAAAUUAAAGAAGAACCUCAAGAUUACGAAGAAAUGGAUAUGUCGUAUAUCGCUAUGGGUGACGAUGACUCUGAUGAUGAAAACGACGAGCCCGAUGAGAUGAUUGAUACCACUGAUGAAAUGGAUGAAAACGAUAAUGAACCGGAUAAUAAUGAUGACUCCAGAGAUUGUGGAAUUAAAGAUAAACCAGAUGAUGAUACGAAUUCUGACGCUCCUGACCAUUUGGAUCAUAUGUUCAGUGCCAUUACGAAUAUUGCUGGAGACAUUGAAAUAUAAAUAAUCGGUGGCAGUAUACCACUACACAAUCCAAUAAUUCAAUAUCGCUGAGAAACUCGACUUCCACCACUGAAAGGCAUGACAAUGUAAAUAUGAAAAAUUUGUAAAACGCUUCGUACGCGUGACAACCAAAUAAUUAAUUUCUAUUUGUCUGGUAAUUAUUGACCAAACAUAUAGUAUAACUUUUUGUGCACCUAUUAUUUUCUCUUAUGAAUUUUGUCAAAUUCAGCCCAAUGGAAUGAUGUGUGUAAAACUUUAUUAACUGUAAAUUAAAACACAAUU